UUUGAAACAACAGAGGUAGUUACUCAUACACAGUUUGCAGUAAGCCAUCAUUGUCAUGUAAACUGGAUGAACAAGUCCAACUUGGUGAUGGAGGCAGAGUAUGUCACAUUGAUAAAAGAUUUGUUCCGUACAGUCACAUUUUUAUCAGUGUUCCACACUCAUAAGAGGAAGAAUAUGGAGAGUUUAGAAGAGGACAGAGAGGGUGAAAGACUGCACAACAGUGUGGACCAUGGUGCAGAGUGCGGGUUACAGUCAACACUGAAGAAACAUGCCUGUGAACUCACACUGGACCCAAACACAGCUCACAGAAAGCUCAUUCUGUUUGAGGGGAACAGAAAAGUGAGACGAGCGGAAGAGGAACAGUUGUAUUCUGAUCACCCAGAGAGAUUUGAAAAAUGGUCACAAGUGCUGUGUAGAGAGGGCCUGUCUGGGCGCUGUUACUGGGAGGUAGAGUGGACUGGGCAAGAGAUUCGUAUAGGAGUGACAUAUAAAGGAAUCUGCAGGAGAGGAUUAGGGUAUGAGUGUGGAAUUGGACAUAAUGACAUGUCCUGGAGUCUCAGUUGUUAUGAUGACUACUUCAACGCCAGGCACAACAAGGAGAACAUUACCGUACCUGCACCCUCCUCUCGCUCUCACAGAGUAGGAGUGUUUCUGGACUGGCCUGCCGGCACUCUGUCCUUCUACAGUGUCUCCUCUGACACACUGACCCACCUGCAUACUUUCCACAACACAUUCACCGAGCCCCUCUACCCAGGGUUUAGGAUGUGGUAUCGUGGGUCUUCAGUUUCCCUGUGCAAGACAACUGCUGGGGAGUGCUGAAUACCAGAUGUUGUUAGGACCAUCAGCAUGUAUAAAUGCUUCUCUUUUUUUAAACAAGUGGGGGUUACAGGCAGAAUACAACACAGACACAAAGACAGGCUCUGGCAUACACUUAUUAAGUGUAACUCAGAGUUUAUAUUGGUGAGGAAUGCCCUUGACUUCCAUGUGAGGCUCUUGUAGAUGUGUCAGGUGUAUACAUUUAUCUUUACAGUGAUAGAAAAUGUCAAGUGAGCAAUUUCCUUUAUAUUUCUGAAAAUGAAAACAUAUUGAAAAUGUUGUAUGCCAUGGAAUCCUAACUGGUGGUAAAUAAAAAAGCAUCGCUACAACAUUUGA